UUUAAUUUCUCAGCCCGAGAAUUAUUUCGCGUGUAUUGAAAACAGCAAAAAAAAUGCCGUCAGACCAUUUGCAUUUGUAAUAAGCACAAAUAAUACAGCAAGAGCGAUAGCAAAAACCACAACACCACACAUUUUUGACAAAGGCCAACGUCCAGACGCAGGCAGGCGGACAGACAGACAGACGGAGUAUCUAUAACAUAAACAACAACAAUAGCACUGCCCCCCAGGAGGACAUUCGCCCAAACUCAAGGUUACACAUGAAAAAUCCACAUGCUGUGCGACUGCAGUUGCCGCGCACCGAACAUGAAUACACUAUAAGCGGCUAAAAAAACAAAACAAAAACAAACAUAUUAGAAGAGAAUUCCCGUGUGUAAGUUGCCUCGGUAUGUUGUGCUUCGAUUCGGAGAAGAUGAACUGGUAUUAUCAUGUCCUGGCACGUCGACCCUAUCUGGUGGUCGUCUCCAUUGCUGUGUACUGUGUCGCCUGCAUCAUUGUGGCGCUUAUCUUGACCGAGCUGCCCGAUUUCAGUGACCCCACCUUGGGUUUUGAGACACGCGGCAAUGAAAUUGGCAAACGUCUGACUGCCUGGCAUAAUCUGGACCAGGAAAUCGAUGGUAAUGGUGCCUUAUUCUCCAAUCCGGCGGAUCUGCUGCAAAAGCUGCAAUUUGAGAAAAUGCGCGGAUUGCCGCGACAUCAGCCGCGUCCCAAUCAUCGAAGGCACAAAUACCAGCGACGGAAGCACAAAAACAACAAAAACGGUAAUAAUAAGCGCAAUCGCAAGGAUCACAAGAAGAACGAACACGACGACAUCGCCUACCAGAUGAUGAUGAUCAACAGGCGACUGCGGGCGACAAAGAGUCCGCUAAGUGAUAAAUGGUUGGGCGACAGCGGCGUCUUUCGAGACUAUGAGGUGACCAACGACAGCAGUCCCUCCUCGCUGCUGGAGCCAACGCACCGCAGCGAACAUAUCGAAUAUGGACACAAUACCACCUUUGUGGAUGAGGACCAGCAUCGUGAGCGAGUCCAGACCAAGAAGAGUACCUGGCGCAUGCUCAAACAGGCCGCGUUGCCCAAGAGCGGCUGGACGGAUUCCAAAUUGCGUCAGCCCAUCGAGGGCUUUUUCUGUGAUUCCUCGCCGCAUAAGACAUAUUCACAUUUUGUGGUCCAACGCAUUGGACCGAAUGCCACCGACUCGUUGUUCGAUUUGAACGGCAUGUUGGCCAUGUGCCAGCUGCAGGAGCAGAUUGGCUCUGUGCCCAACUAUCAAGCAUACUGUGAACCAGAGAUGUUAACCUCCAAUUGCUGUCGUCCAUGGUCGCUGCCCAACUAUGCCACCCUUCUGGCCAAUAAGAGUUCCUGCUUCGAUCUGUCCGCAGAUGAUGUGUCCAUGCUGCAAUCCUUGCUGCUCAGCUGCUACGAGUAUUACCACUUUCUCAAGCUGGACAUCAAUUGCAAUGAACUUAAUCCCUGCUAUGCGCCAGAGGAAUGCACGCGCAAUAAUUUGGUCUUCAAUGUGCUCAACUAUCUCAGUGACUAUGGUUUUAUGAAGGCAAAUGACUCGAACGUUUAUUUGAAAUAUGCAAUGAUAUUUGUGCCUGUGGCACGCUCCAAUCGCAUCCUACCGCUUUUUCAUGAAUGGGAACACGUCAAGCUGAGCAAUGAACUGGUCGAAGUCGUAGCCAUGGAUUUGGGUCUGGAAAAUGAGCUUUUCAGCGAACUGCUACUCACGGACGUUUGGCUCGUCUCCCUCGGCGGGCUGUUUGUGAUGGCUUGUGUUUGGCUAUACACCGGAUCCGUGUUUAUCACCUUGAUGUCCUGCUGUGCCAUUUGUUUCUCCUUGGGAUUGGCAUACUUUAUCUACACACUGGUCUUUGAGUUUAGCUUUUUCCCAUAUAUGAAUCUACUUGCCGUCGUUGUAAUAAUUGGCAUUGGUGCCGAUGAUGUAUUCCUCUUCCUCAAGAUCUGGCAGUGUGUGCUGGCCGAGCGUUUCAGCAAGAGCAGCACAUUGAAUACACAAUCAACGCUUCCGACUCCGUUAGAGCACAAUGAGCAUACGGAAACAUUGGAGAAUCUAAUGGCACUAACCAUGCGGCAUGCGGCGGCAUCGAUGUUUGUUACCUCGGUGACCACAGCGGGUGCAUUUUAUGCCUCCUACAGCAGCUCAAUAACGGCCAUCAAGUGCUUUGGCAUUUUUGCUGGCACCGUUGUGGUCACAAACUAUUUGCUCAUGGUCACCUGGCUGCCGGCGUCGGUUUCAAUUAUGGAGCGUCUGUUUGCCAGCCGCAUGUCCUGUCAGCAGCAUGUGGCACAGAAAUUGAUCAACGCCUGCCAGAAGUCAAUUAAUCGAUUUUGCGAACUUUUCGAGGAGCGCAUAACGCAAUGUAUUAUGAACUAUGCCUACUUGUGGCUAAUAAUCUUUGCCAUUCUGGGUAUAUCCAGUGCAAUUAUUGUGUUCUGGUAUCCGGGCCUGCAGCUGCCAGAGAAACCACAUUUCCAACUCUUCGUCUCGCAUCAUCCCUUUGAGGUGUACACGAAGCUACGGCAUCAGUUUUGGUUCGAGAAGCCGCUGCAGGGAAUUGAGAAUUCUAAUAUGAGCAUGCGUUUCGUUUGGGGCGUGCAAGCAUUGGAUGAUGGCGACUACACGAAUCCGCACUCGUACGGCAACCUGCACUAUGACAAUAAUUUUAAUAUAUCAAGCAGGUCGGCACAAGUCUGGUUGCGCAACUUUUGCCAAAAUAUGCGACAGCAGCCAUUUUAUCAGCCCUCAUUCGGCUUUCUGUUGCCAAAUUGUUUCAUUGAGAACUUUAUAGGAUACAUGGAACGAAGAUGCAUUGAUGACAUGGACACAACGAGCGCAGAUCGUACGCCCUGCUGCGAGGCUCAGUUCCCUUACGAGCCUCACAUAUUUGAGCAGUGUUUGCCACAAUGCAUCUCCAAUUUGUGUGAGACAAGGUUUUAUCAGCCGGGCAAAGCUGGUCCCAAAUUCGCGGCGGCAACCAGUCGCCUCGAUGAGUAUGUGGAUGGCGGCAGUAACGAGAGCUUAAGCUCGGAGUCAACAGCUACUCAACUGCUCGUCAAGGCGUUGAUUAUUGAGUUCGAUUCGAAUGUUAGCUAUAGUACACUCUAUGCGAACAUGAAGGCGUUUUAUGAGAGCGUUGAGAGCUGGUUUCAACAGCAGUUGAGCACGGCACCCGAGGAGUUGCGUGACGGUUGGUUUAUCAGCGAUUUGAAUUUCUACAAUGUGCAGGACUCGCUGUCGCAUGACACACUCCUUGCCAUUGUUUUAGCCAUGGCUGCGUCGCUUGUGGUGCUCCUGUGCUUCACCCUCAACUUGAUCAUUUCGGUUUAUGCCGUCAUUACCGUCUCGUUGACUAUUUUCAAUACCGUUGCUGUACUCAUUCUACUCGGCUGGCAACUGAAUAUUCUGGAGAGCAUUGCGGUAUCGACGGCCAUUGGCUUGGCGAUGGAUUUCAGUUUGAACUAUGGCAGUCAUUAUCGUCUGUCGCCGUCGAAGGAGCGCAUUGCAGCCACCCAGUUUGUCUUGUCUCGCAUCAUUGGACCGACGGUUAUGGCAGCAGCAACAACUGGCUUUGCUGGUGGCAUUAUGAUGGCAUCAAAUAUAUUGCCCUACAUACAGAUUGGUGUCUUUCUCGUCGUGGUCAUGGUCACUAGCUGGCUGUAUGCCACAUUCUUUCUGAUGAGCCUUCUCAAAGUCGCCGGGCCGCAGUACGGUUUCAUGCAACUCAGUUGGCCGGCAUGGCGCAAGCGACGCACGGCAAAGGCAAAUAAAUUCUACGAACGCAAACCGAGUCAAAUAAUUGCCACUGAACAGCUGCUAACGCCCACCAGCUCCGCCAUUGUCGAGAUGGCCAAUUCGGAAACACAUGAACUGGAAUCCCUGAAUUCGAGCAACCAGAUAAAAACCAUUUCCGGCACAGAAAGUGGACAUGCGCUGCCAACGCUGCCCAAUGACUUUGAGCACUCAUUUCAGUCGCCGCACUAGUGCCAAAUUAUCAAAACGGAACGAUUCGCCAAAAAAAAACUGGAAUAAUAGAGAUCUACUUGCUUGCCUCGUCGAGAGGGCUCAAGAAUUUGCAUUUUUUUAUACAAAGAGCUUCAAGGCAACUGAUGCUUGAUGCCCCAUAUGUAUUCAAUUGUGUGUUAUUACACAGUUCUAUAUUGAUAUACCGUAUAGAUAGUCGUAUGUGCAACUACUUUGUUAGUAUUAAGCAUAGCUCAAAGAGCCAACAAGUGUGCACAAAAUAUUUGCUACAUUUUACACAUUGUAAAAGAGUGCAAGAUUACAGAAGAUGUAAUUCUCUUUAGGGUAUGGAAAUAUUUGUGCCAACUGGUUGAGUUUUUGAACUACUCUUUAGUGUGCUAUUUCAAAAAGACUUCAAACAGUUGCAAUGCGCUUUUUUACUUAGUUGUUGUUAACGUUUGAGCCAAGAAAUGAGCUCGAUAUUUUUGUUUUAUUUUUGGAAACUGAAGCAAUUAGCGGAAGAGUACUGGGUACGUCCAUAACUGUACGACUGUAUGAUGUCGGUAUUAUUAGUUUUUAGUUCAGAAACAACAACAAAAAAAAAAAAACAUGACACUGUUUAUGUAUAUUUACGUAACUUACCUGUAAUCACAAACAAAUAACUAUUUAUACUCUGAAUUUUUAUUAGCUGUUAACGCCAGCCGUCAAUGUUGAAGCCGGCCAUUAUAGAAUAUAUGUAUUAAUGUAUAUGCAGUUAUCAUAUAUGAUAACACACCCACACACACAAACACACACGCCCAAAAAACGUCUACUAUAUUUAAUGUACAUUGAUGUACUUAAUGUGUUGUCUAUCCUAGUUAGUUAUAAAUGUUCAAAACACAAACAAACACACGCAACACACUCACGUUUGUAAUAACCAUGUAACUGUGAUACAGAAGGUGACAAAUUGAAUUAAUACAAAUUCUAUGUUUAUACAGACAAUGAGAGCUAAAAACAAAAAACUUAGAACAAAAAUUAAUGACGUAUUGUACUUAACUACAACUGAAUACCUUGUACUUCCUUCAUUGAACUUACAAAAAUGUGUUGAAGUGAUUUAAUAAAUGUUACUUGUAAAACAAUUAAACAAAA